AUGUCUCGUCAGCGUCUUGUCUUAGGUCUCCCGCGUGUCUUGCCGUCGCUGCCGCCGUCCCUUGCACCACCGUGCGGUCCUUGCGUCGAGGGUAGGCUGCGCGCCACCCCUCACUCCUCCUCCCUUCGUCCGGCCACCGAGCCUUUUGAGACGCUGCACUUGGACGUCUGGGGCCCCUCUCCUCGCCCUGGCCCUGAGCGUGAGCGUUUCUUUUUGGUGGUCGUUGACGACUACUCCCGCUACACCACAGUGUUCCCCCUGGCGAAGAAGUCUGAGGUGACUUCUACGCUGAUCAGGUGGUUGCUUACCACGCAGGACACUCGUGGUCGUCGUGUCAGCUGUCUCCACUCCGACCGCGGGGGCGAGUUUCGCUCCGGCAUUCUCGCUGGAUUCUGUCGCGAACAGGGCAUUCGUCAGUCCUGGACGCUUCCGGAGUCCCCACAGCAGAAUGGGGUUGCUGAGCGUCGCAUAGGCCUGGUCAUGGAGAUUGCCCGCACCUCCUUGACUCACGCCCGUGCCCCCCAUUUCCUGUGGCCAUACGCGGUCAGGUACGCCGCGCACCAGCUGAACCUCUGGCCACGCGUCUCUCGGCCGGAGGCUUCACCGACCAGUCUUUGGACAGGGUCCCCUGGUGUCGCGUCGAGGUUUCGUGUCUGGGGGUGCUUGGCUCUUGUCCGCGACACCUCCGCGGACAAGCUCUCGCCUCGCGCCGUUCCUUGUGUCUUCCUUGGUUUCCCUGAGGACUCCUCUGACUUCACCUUUUACCACCCUCCCUCUCACCGGUUCUUUGACUCCCGUGACGUCCGUUUCGAGGAGUCCACCCCCUACUACGUCAGGUACCCCAGUCGAGGUCUCCCGGUCCCUCCCCCCCCUCUCUUCCUGACCGCCGCUCCCCCGCCUGCUCCCCCGGUACAGCCUCCCCCCCCUGGUCCAGCCCCGUCUGGUGUGUCUCAGGCUAGCCCUCCCCCUUCGGUAGCCCCCCCUGUACAGCCUCCCUCCCCACAGUCUUCCUCGCCGCCUCCUGCAGGUGCUCCCUCUCGGGAGGUUGGUCCUGCGACUGUCCCUGUACAGGUCUCUGGUUCUGGGGGUGCUGGAGUUGGAGCUGAGCCGCGGGUUGCAGAGGACUCUUGUCUUCCGGGGGCUGGUACUGGUCGUGCGGAGUCUGGGGGUGCUGGUGCGGAGUCUGGGGGUGCUGCGUCUGGGGGUGAGGGUGUCCCUUCGGUUUCUGGAGAGCCUGGGUCUGGAGCUGGUGUUGGUGCUGCCUCUGGGGGUGGUGUGCUUGGUGCUUCGGAGGUCGACUCUGGGGCUGCCGCUGCCCCGGACACUACUCCUUCCCCCCAUCCCUACUCGACCAGGUUCCAGGCUCGUGUUCGCCGUGCUCGUGAGGAGCAGCUGGAGUUGGAGAGAGAGGAGCGAGAGUUGCAGCGGCUCGAGGAGCAGGAGCGACAGCAGCAGGAGCAGCAGCAGGGGCAGCAGCCGCUGGAGCAGCAGCAGCCGCAGCAGCCCCAGCAGCCGCAGCAGCAGCAGCAGCAGCAGCAGCAGCAGCAGCAGCAGCUGCUGCCGUCUCCUCCUCCUGUCUCGGGUCUUCGGACCCUUGGUCUCCCCUCUCCCUCUCCUUCCUCCUCCCCCUCUCCUCCCGUCUCUGGUCCUCCGCUUCCUCCUCCUGACCCCUCUCCCGCUGUUUUCCCUCGUUCUCAGUCUUCGUUGUCUCCUCCUCCUUCUCAGACUUGGGCCUCUCGUCGCUCCCCUCGUGCUCGUCCCUCGUCUCCUGUUCCCUUCACUGACCUUCGUACAGCCUUCCUUUGUUCUCGUCCACCUCGUCCGUCUCCGUCUGUGCUUCCGUCUCCUCCUGAGUCGGCCCUCACUGCGUCGCUUCCUACUCCUGUCACUGACUACUACCGCACGUACCGUCCUGUUCUCUCUCGUGUUCUCGCCUCUCUUGUUACCCACCCUCGUGCCUCUGUGUCCUCUGUGUCCGCUCUUACUGCCGCAGUCACUGAGUUUGCCUCUACCCGCCGCCUUGACUUCGCCACCGCUCUUGUGGCUGCUCCUCCUUCCAGUCCUCUGGCCGUCGGGGGUGUGUCUGCCCUUGGCUGUGACGCCCUAGAGGACAGGCAGUUUGAGCUAGAGUUCCUGGCCGCCGCUUCCCCUCAUCUCUGUGCCAUGCUCCUCGCCCCUGAGGGUGACCCCGACGCCCUUGACAUUCCGACUCCUCGCACUUAUGCUGAGGCAGUGUCAGGGCCUUGGGCCUCUCAGUGGAGAGCUGCCAUGGACGCAGAGAUGGCCUCCUACAGAUCCACAGGCACCUACGUCGAUGAGGUUCCCCCUCCGGGGGCGAACGUAGUCGACGGCAUGUGGAUCUACAGGGUGAAGCGGCCACCGGGAUCUCCUCCGGUCUUCAAGGCGCGCUACGUGGCUAGAGGUUUCAGUCAGCGCGAGGGAGUUGACUUCUUUCAGACCUUCGCGCCCACCCCGAAGAUGACCACUCUUCGGGUGUUACUACACGUAGCAGCACAGAGAGACUACGAGUUACACUCUCUCGACUUCUCUACUGCUUUCCUUCAGGGCAGUCUUCACGAGGAGGUCUGGUUGCGUCGUCCCUCUGCCUUCACUGGCUCUUUCCCUCCUGGGACCCAGUGGAGGCUGAGGCGACCGGUUUACGGUCUUCGUCAGGCUCCUCGUGAGUGGCACGACACCCUGCGUUCUACCCUGUCUGACCUUGGGUUCCAGCCGUCUUCUGCUGACCCGUCGCUGUUCGUUCGUCGUGGCCCCACACCUUUCUUUGUUCUGGUCUACGUUGACGACCUUGUUUUCGCCACCCCUGACAGGGUUGCUUUGGCACACGUGAAGUCCGAACUGCAGAAGAGACACACCUGCACUGAUCUUGGUGAGCUGCGCCACUACCUUGGCUUGCAGAUCACCAGGGACAGAGCUGCUCGCACCAUUACACUUUCACAGUCACACAUGGUGCAGCAGGUCCUUCAGCGGUUCGGGCUUCAGCACUCCACAGUACAGCGCACACCUCUUGCUGUUGACCACAGACUCACUGGACCCUUUCCUGACGAGCCGUUCGAGCCUAGUGGUCCCUACGCAGAGCUUGUGGGUUGCCUCAUGUACCUGAUGACUUGUACUCGCCCGGACCUCGCCUUCCCUCUCAGCGUUCUUGCGCGCUUUGUUGCGCCAGGGAGACACCGUCCUGUUCACUGGACAGCAGCUGUGAGGGUGGCGAAGUACCUAGCGACGACAUCAGGCGUGGGGCUAGUUCUUGGAGGGCAGCAGUCUGUCGUACUUACUGGUCACUGUGACUCCUCUUACGCUGACGACGCUGAGACUCACAGGUCUACUCAGGGGUACUGUUUCAGCCUGGGUUCUGGAGCUGUUUCCUGGCGGUCCACGCGCUCCUCUUCGGUCUCGACCUCUACAGCUGAGGCUGAGAUCUACGCUGGUGCCAUGGCGGCACAGGAGCUGCGUUGGUUGACCUUCUUGCUCACCGACCUUGGUGAGCGGCCGAGCUCUGCACCGACCUUGUUCACUGACAACAAGGCGUCUAUUCUCCUUUGUCGAGAGCCACGACUGGAGAGCAGAGUGAAGCACAUUCACGUCAGGUACUUUCUUCUGCGAGAGUUGCAGAGGCGUGGACAGGCUCGCUUUGAGUUUGUGGAGUCCGAGGCCAACACUGCAGACAUCUUCACCAAGGCGCUUCCGCCUUGUGACCACCAGAGGUGCUGUGUGCAGUUAGGCCUUGUUGACACUGGUUCUCGUGUUGCUUAG